GAAAAAUGCGAGCAGGCCAAAUAUCACACUCGUCUGGAUAAGAGCGGCCGUUCUUCCGGCCCUCCCGCGCGCGCGAACCCGUGGCCCUCGCGCGCUCAUGGCUUCUUCCUCCUCCUUCGUCUUCUCCCCGCUCCUGCGGCCUACGCUCCGGCUGCCGGUCGCCUCCUGCGCCACGCGCUACUCUGCUCCCCACGCUGUGUCCGUGGACAACGCCGCCGCUGCCACACAACCGGCGCCUCUCGCGGUUGUUGCUGGCCACGCCCACAGGAGGGAGCUGGUGGUGGGGACGGCGCUCGGCGCGCUGCUCUCGGCGACUUCGCUGCCCGCAGGGGCGCGUGAGGUCGAGGCCGGCAAGUACCUGCCGCCGGCGCCGUCCAGCCCGGGCUUCGUGUUCUUCAAGGCCACCGCCAAGGACACCCCUGCCCUCCGGGCUGGCAAUGUGGAACCGUACGAGUUCAUCCUGCCGCCCACCUGGAAGCAGCUGCGAGUGGCCAACAUACUCUCCGGCAACUACUGCCAGCCCAAGUGCGCGGAGCCAUGGGUGGAGGUGAAAUUCGAGGACGAGAGGCAGGGCAAAGUGCAGGUGGUGGCCUCGCCGCUGAUCCGCCUCACCAACCGGCCGAACGCCACCAUCGAGGACAUCGGCAGCCCCGAGAAGCUGAUCGCCUCCCUCGGGCCUUUCGUCACCGGCAACACCUUGGAGCCCGAGGAGAUCAUCGAGACCUCUGUCGAGAAAAUCGGCGACCUAACUUACUACAGCUAUGUGCUGGAGACUCCACUGGCGCUGACGGGCUCUCACAAUCUGGCCAAGGCCACGGCCAAGGGGAACACGGUGGUGCUCUUCGUCGCGAGCGCCAGCGACAAGCAGUGGCAGUCGUCGCAAAAGAUUCUGAAGGCUAUGGUAGAUUCAUUCCAAGUAUGAUUCGCAGCAAGUGCAUGCAGGCUUGUCUUGGAGACCUGGACACGGGUUUGCUUGUUACUCCUACAUCUGAACCCUGGGUAUUUCCACGAGAGAAACUAGUACUAUUACAGUAUUACUUGUUUUUGAGGCUUGGAACACUUGUAAUGAGCUACUUGACAAACUAAGGUCACAAUAAGCUUUGCAAUGGCUUAUUAUAGAGGUUAAUCCAAUGUACACAGUUAUGAGGAUAAAUUGUUCUUUUCUUCCAAACACCAAAAA